UAACCCUUUCGAUCCUAUUGGGUGAUUUUUGUCCCAAGAAUUUCUUAAAUUACACUGAACAGGGAUUUAACUGCAGUAAAGCCCAUUGAGUGGGAUAUUUCAGUGUUUUAGGGUUUCCUUGAUGCCAGACGUAUGAAGAGAAAUAUAAUGAACGCACCCAGCGCCCACGUGUCGGUUGUCAACGUCAACAAGGUAAAGCUUCUUGUAAAGAUGAGUAAAAGAAGGCUAACGGAAGAGGAAAUACAAUUUGCACUGGAAGAGGAUGACGACGAUUAUGAACCAUCAGAUACUGACAGUGAUGGAACAAACGAUUCUUCUUCAGAUGAAUCACAGGAUGAUACAGUCACAGAAGAGGAAGACCUAGAAGCACCCACUAGCCCAGAAAAUAAUUCGUACAGACGUAUGGAAUAUGUGUGGACUAAAGACACUACAAAUUUUGUGCCUAAGCAUGACAUACCAGAUAAGCAUGACUGCAUUGUAACUAUGUCUGUAACAAGAGCUUCAUCAGAGUUGGACAUCUUCCUAAGAUUAUUUCCAAAGAGUCUUUUUCUACAAAUAGCACAUUACACUAACGAGAGACUUGAUAUUUUGGCUGAAAAGAAGAAGAAAAAUAUUCAACACACAUGUCUCUCAGAGUUGAUGGUAAUCUUCGGAUGCUCACUAGUGAUGUCUUACAAUCGAGUACCUGCCAUGAGAAUGUAUUGGUCAAGAAAGUCCUCACUAAGAAAUGAGAAAAUAAGCGAGUCAAUUUCAAGGGAUAGAUUUCAACUAGUUUUUUCGAAACUGUACUUCAAUAAUCCAUGUAAACCAGCAGAAUCUUCCAAGAUAUUCUAUGUAGAAGAUGUGGUGAGGUGCUUGAAAAAAACUUUUCUUGCUGCAAGAACAGACAGCACAUUUCAGUCCAUAGAUGAAAGCAUGACAAAGUUCAAAGGACGUUCCAGCAUGAAACAGUAUUUGCCUAUGAAACCAGUGAAACGAGGAAUCAAAACCUGGGUAAGAUCAGACUCAAAUACUGGCUAUGUGUAUGACUUCAAUAUCUAUCAAGGAAAGGAAACACAAGUUAUGGAAGGAACUCUUGGUGAAAGAGUAGUCAAGAUGCUUUCAGAAACAAUAAGGGCACCAGAAGUAUGCUUAUGUUUCGACAGAUUUUUCACAUCUGUUAGACUCAUGUCUUCACUCCCAUUUGCAGCAGUUGGACUUGUAUGCCAAAUAGGAAGAAUCUUCCAAAGCUUGACGUCAAACUUCAACGGGGAGAGUCAGAGAUGUACGUUUGUAAUGAAGGCAUUCUGGUAGUUUCCUGGCAAGACACCAAGUGUGUCACGAUUCUGAGUAAUUGUCAUAAUACAGAAAUAGGUGUGACGCAAAGAAAAAUUAAAGAUGGAACAAAAAAAGAUCUGCAGUGCCCUGAAGCUUUUAUAUUUUAUAAUGAUCAUAUGGGGGGUGUUGACUUAGGGGAUCAAAUGAUAACUCUGUAUGACCUUGACAGAAAGAGCAAGAAAUGGUGGAUCAAAGUAUUUUUCAGACUUCUAAUGACAGCGGUGUACAAUGCACAUGUUAUUCACAACGAAAUCAACCACAAGAAGCGCCCUUUCAUUGACUUCUUAGUAACAUUAGCAGAAUCUUUGAUUGAAGAGGGAAGGGAAAAUCUGCCACAGAGAAGAGUACGAAGUUUAGGACGGCCUUCCAAAACUUCUAAGGAGCUGAAGAAUGUUGACCAUAUGCCCGUGCAUGAAGAAAGCCGUCGAAGAUGCAUAAGAUGCUCUUCAAGGAAGAAAGAAAAGCGAACAAGGUAUCAGUGUCAAACAUGCAAAGUUCCACUUUGUUUACAAUGUUUUCCUAUCUACCAUACAUAGACAGUUGAGUAAAAGCCUCCCAAUCAUAUAGUUAUAAGGCUGUUUUUCAUUUCACUUUUUUCAAAGGAAAAUAUAAUUAUAUUGCUUAAGAAUUUUCAAUGGUGUAUGUGUUUUUUUUUUCUCAGUUACUUAUCCCAAAAAGCUACAUUUAUUUUGCCAUUAUAUAGUUUGAUGUUUUUUCUCUUGAGGUACAAUAUACUUAUAAUAAAUGUACACUUAUAACUUUGCAUUUAAUUCCAACAUUCCUAUAUACGCAAUAUGUAUUUUCAACUUUAUUGUCCUAACUGGGAUCAAACAAUCCCAAUUUGAAUUUCAAUAUAACACUAUUGGGAUUUUUAUGUCCCAGUGUAAAAAAACAAAGAUAAGCUUAAAAAAAAACUUUGUGGUGAAUAUAUAUCAUUAUCUAUGAUCCAAUGAUGCCACUAAGCUCAGCAGAUGAUUAAAAAUUCAGCUUUGCAAAAGUAGGCUUGAAAGGGCUAAAGGACUCAGGUCCUUUCUUUUUGGUCCUGAGCUACCCUAGUCACCACCCUACGUUUCUACGUAUCAGCAUAGGCCAGCUGCUAUGAGUCGCUAAGGUCGCCCUCCCCUCUCGGUUGAUCCGAUCCAGCUUCUCCAGGACUCUUCUUUCUCUUCUCCAUCAUAUUUCUUCCUUCUCCCCCGUGUUUUGCUAGGAUGUUAUUGAUAUUCAUGCUUUUCGAGACGGUUCGGGCUGGCCUAGGCCACCUCCGAUCGCAUGGUCUUUCUCACCGCGUGGCUCAUCCCACGGCCGAGAAGGUUCCAGGCGACCACUAUGAGCCACCCAGCGUCGGUCCCCCAUGCUUACUUCCCCCCGCCAGGGGGGAGAUACGCUCGUUCACGUUGUCCCUGGCAACCAAUCCGAGCUCCCUCCCUUCCUCCCCCCACCACACGGGGAAUACGGGAGUUAGCUGGAGGACACUCGACGCCGGCUCGGCUCUAUACCGCUCUCCCCAUAGAGUACCUAGGGGACCCCUGCCUGGCCGAGUCUCGGUUGGCCACCAGGCUCGGUUACGCUCGGCUCUCCUCGGCCCUCAGGCCGUGCUCCCCUACCCCGAGUCAUCACCCUUCCCGCUCCGGCGGAUCAGGGCUCCGGCAUUGCCAGGUCCCAGGACCAGUGUCUAUGGACAAGCUCCGGCAGCAUUUCAAUACCUCAUGCAUGUUUUCGUUUAUUCUUAACAUCCAUUAUUUUAGUUUAAGUUGGCGGAGACCCCGCUCUCCAUCCGGGUUUCACCACCUACUUAUUCAAAUUUUAAGUUUUUACGGCGGGGUUGUCCACCCCGCCGCUCAUUAUUGGUCCCCUCCUGCUCCUCACCCGCUAUCCCAGUACUCGUUGCUCCGGCAUAUAGGCUAGGUACUACUCCCGUUUCAGUGAUCUUUUGUUCUCCGGCAACGCCGAAGAUACACUGAUUCAAGUUUUACCGACCCUAUCGGACACUCACCAUAUUACACGGCAGAAGAGCAGGUAGAGACUAAUCCUUAUUAUUAUCUGUUAACUCCGGUGCAUUCCAGUGUUAUGAUAUAUCACAUCACGGACUUAGUUCAAGAUGUUAGUGUUGAUACUCAUGUAUCAUUUCACUUAUAGGUCACCCACUGUAUGGAGUCGGGCUGCAAUGCCGUACUCCAAGACCCCUGUGGUCACGAGGUUUGCCGGACCCACGCUACCUGUGCGAUCCGGUACACCGAUUCGUUGGUUUGGCACCACGAGAGCUGCACGAUCUGCGAUGAUUUCGUGGAUCAGGUCUCCUCCGGGGUAAGUAAGGCUCCGGAUGCUAAACCUUGACAUAUUCACGUCAAUGACCAAUAUGAUUCGUGAUAUAUCAAUCAGCAUAUAUUUUAAGUUAAUCUUUAGUAGCCUUAAGU